GCGCGCCGUUUGCGGCGCAAUGAGCUCCUUUUACCCUCGUUAUUGAAACCAAAGUCCAUCCAACUUAUAAGUCCCUGUUUGAAUCAUUAGCAAGUAUGAAAUGUGUUCUCGAAGGAAACGGUGUAAAAGCAUUUGGAAAGGCCAUUCAUGCUCUGUCACGGAUUGGAGAAGAUCUGUGGUUGGAUCCCAUGGUCAAAGGGCUGGCGCUGAGGUCAGUUAACGUUGCUCAUUCUGCAUAUAGCUGCUUCCUCUUCUCCCCACUGUUCUUCCAGCACUACAGCUUGGGAUCAGCAUCAGAGCAGGGCAAUGAAACCAUCAAAUGCAAACUGGUCAUGAAGUCUGUGCUACCACUUUUCCGGUGUUUAACUUCCAUUGAGCGUAGUGUGGAGCGCUGUCAGAUAUCACUCAGCGCUUCCAGUGACCAAGUGAUAAUCCAGUUUUUCUGCAGACAUGGCAUCACCAAGACCCACAACCUUCGUUUCCAGGAAAGUGAAGCUCUGCAGGCAGUGUUUGCCUCACACCUCUGUCCCAAUGUGGUGAAAGCACCUGCCAGGCUUCUUGGUGAUAUGGUGAUGCAUUUCCCAGCAUCCCAGGAGGAAAUCACUCUAUCCAUGACUCCUCUUAGAGUCAGUCUGAGAAACUACUAUGAGGGUGGAAAUGAUCACAUGAGGACGAUGUACACUGAGAUGUCCUUACACCCAGACGAGUUUGACUACUUUCAGGUCGGAAUGGAAUCGGACAUAACCUUCUGUCUGAAGGAGUUAAGGGGUUUUCUGUCCUUUGCAGAGUCACACUGCCUACCAGUGUCGGUCCAUUUCGGUGCUGCAGGAAAACCUGUGUGUUUCUCCAUGGAGGACAUGGUUCUGGAGGCCACCGUGGUGCUGGCUACUCUGAUUGACUCUGAAAACAGCGGCCCCUCUCAGCCUACAGGGACCCCAGUCUCGUCACCCAGGUGUGCAGAUGCUGCUGCUCUAACUGUGGUUUCACAUGGGGCUGACAGCACUAAGCCACAGGAUACUCCUGCUGUGACGGAGCUGAUCGCAUCCAGCCAGGGCAGCCCUAUAAUCAAACCACCUGCUCUGAUACAGCUUCUACCUCAGACUGAUAACCCUGAUGGACUCGGCGUACCUGGGGAGGCUUGUGCUGGUGCCACCACAACUCCUGCUUCCACCACGAUCUGCUCCCUCCUGUUCAGGGCCUUGUCCUCAGAGCAGGACGAUGAUGGCUGUGCUGCCAGGCUGCCUGUUCUGGCUUGUUACAGUGACACGGAGGAGGAUAUGGAAGGAGACUAUACAAGAAGCCCUUCACUCUGAGAACAGAGCGGCCACUCGUUUCUCAUCUUGACUUUUUGUGCUGCUGCCAAAAGCAGGCCACAACAUUCAGCGGUAGUCACAACAAUUUAUGAGGAUCUAUUUAAAUAUAUAUUUACUGAACUUUGCAUUUUACGUAGGUUUUAAGCAUUUUGUUUAUAGCUCAAAUGUUGCUUGGCUUGUUUAAACUGUUUUCAGAGUAUUACAUUCCUCCAUGGUGUUCAUUUGGAAAUUGAAGAGAAUGUAUUUGCAAUGAUGAUUUAUCAAAGAACGUAUCAAUAUUUUUUUUUUUUUUUUUUGGCAGUUUCAGUGUGUAAAAUAUAUUCUGACUGUUAGGUCUUGUCUGUGAAAACAUUGCUUCAGCUUGAAGAUGCCACACCUGUGUUGAUGAUAGUAUGCCUGAUGUCUGUGGAAUGUGGGAGUACAGAAAUCGUACAAGGUGUUCUAAAGCAUAAUCUUUUUCUGGCCUGCACAACAGCCUAAAUUCAGCGAGGUAAACACUCUGGAUGCAGAGGUAAAUGCCAUGGUCAUGAUGGGAAAAUACAGCCCCAGAGGUUCGUAGCCUGCACCUGUGAAAAAAAUGCCUCUGCAAUGUUCUUGUCAAUACUCAAAUAUAUCAUAGUGCUCUAAAACCAAUUGCAGCUGUCUGCUCAAAUCACAGCCAUCAAACACAGUAGGAUAAUAAAUACUAUACCCUUUAUUUUUA